UUGCUGCUCGAGUUUAAAUCUACCCUUUGUUUUCUGUUCCGUGGACGGAAUCUCGUUCAGUCCAUUUAAUGAAUAAAUACAGCUUUCGGAAGUAUCUUUAACAGGCUCCUUGUUCCGGGUACCAGUCCAAACAGCACGUGCAGCCUACCCAGCGGCCUUGUUACCAGCAGAUGGCCGGCGUAUUUCCCAUCACGGAAAGCCCGAUGGAGAUUAUGGGAGAGGUGGCCGGCCCACAGGAGCUCCCUGCCCUGCAGGAGCUGGCGGCCCAGCAGGAGAGCGUGGCUGGGGCUAUGCCAGUUAAAGCUCCAGCGAAGCGGAAACGAGGCAGAGCUGUCAGCAAGGAGCCCAAGCCCAAGGCGGAGCCCAAGCCCAAGGCGGAGCCCAAGCCCAAGGCGGAGCCCAAGCCCAAGGCGGAGCCCAAGCCCAGGAACAAACCCGGGCCCAAGCCAAAAAAGGCCAAGGAGGACCCAGGCACAGGUAAGCAGGAGAAGAUCGACGAGGCCUUCAAGAAGGUCAAGAGGAAAGUGGACCGCUUCAAAGGCAUGACGGAGGCGGAGGUCAUGACCAAAACCCUGCCGGAUAUUCUCACCAACAACCUGGAUUUCGUGAUUAUCGGAAUUAAUCCGGGCCUUAUGGCAGCCUACAUUGGACGCUGGUUUCCUGGGCCAGGGAAUCAUUUUUGGAAAUGCCUGUUCAUGUCCGGCAUCAGCGAAGUGCAGCUCAAUCACAUGCAUGAUCAGAUGCUGCCGGAAAAGUACAGCAUUGGCUUCACCAACAUGGUAGAGAGGACCACGCCAGGAAGCAAGGAUCUGUCAAGUAAAGAGCUGCGUGAAGGAGGAAAAAUUCUGGUGGAGAAGUUGAAGAAGUACAAGCCUCUCAUAGCCGUCUUCAACGGAAAAUGUAUUUAUGAAAUGUUCUGCAGGGAGAUCUUUGGGUCUAAGCCAAAGAAGCUUGACUUUGGCUUACAGCCACUGAAGGUCCCAGAUACUGAAACGCUGCUGUACCUGAUGCCGUCCUCAAGUGCCCGCUGUGCCCAGUUCCCCCGUGCCCAGGACAAGGUACACUACUAUAUCAAGCUGAAGGAGCUGCGAGACCAGAUCAAGGGUAUGGCCCGGCCCCAGGAGGUGGAGGAGGUCCGGUACACCUUCGACCUGGGCUUGGCCAAAGAGGAUGCCAAGAAAAUCGCUAUCAAAGAAGAGCAGUACGACCCCGGGUACGAAGUGGCCUUCGGCGGUGCCUAUGGGGAGCCGGGACCUGAGGGGGUGCCACUCAACGGCCAUUGCAGCUUCACCGGCCCCGGGGAGGGAGAUUCCAACCUCGAGGGUUCAAUUUCUCCACCAGCGAUGGGUCAGGUCCCCGAUGGCCGGUGGAUGACACAGUCAUUCACAGAUCAGAUUCCAGACAUCGGGUCCAAUGGCAGCACAUAGCCCUGACCUGUGGGUGGAGCCUGCAUGGAAGUGGGCGGGGCCUGUCAGGAUGUCAAUUUGAACACUGCACUUUUAAUGCAGUGACUUCACGAACUGCCCGGUUCUUCUGUCGUUGAGCUAGUGGUGAUUGGCUUCACAAGUAUCCAUGGGCUCAUCUGAAAUGCUAAAAUACUUGAUGAGCAACAGGCAUGUUUCCCUAAACUUCCCCCCAGUUCAUCUAUUUUUAUCCUAUUGGUCUACACUGUUUAGGUAGUAGAUUGUAUUCUUACAUUUUUAAAUUCAUAGUUUUUUUUUUUUUUUUUUUUUUAGAGGGAUAGAACAUUUUUCACAAGGUGCUAUUUCAUUCACGUUGCAAUUUAACUGCUGACAGAAUUCCUUUUCAGGUUAUUUUUCAUGCCAGAAUUGAUCAGGGAUUUACAGUAAUGCGUGAUACUCAGCUGUUUUUAUACAGUAUCAUUACAUAAUUCUGUAUGUAAACGUUUUCUUUUGAUGUCUUUGGUACGCGUACUGCAGCAGUGCAGUAACGUUUAGCUGGCUUUUCCGUUUAAUGCUCUCAUAUCCUCCACCUGGUUAUCAUGCCCGUGUGGUAUGGUGUGGUGUGGUGUGGUGUGGACACGGGAAUCUCGUUCUGUCUGCUGGGACAGAAAUGGCCCCAGACCUCAAAGAGCACAAGGAUGCCACACUGCAGUGCACUUCGUCUAACUUCGAAGUUUGCGUAUUCCUUAAUUUAUGUUGCGGUGCUUCGGCAAUGUCUUCAAGUGUUUCCUUAACUGUUACAAUUGUGUUAAUUCACAGUUUCUGACAGGAAAAGGCAGCCAUCCCUUAUGUGCACAGUACCUGAAUCCUCGAGAAGUAAAAAUGGAUGAAAAAAAUGCAGUGCCUUUCGAAACUCUAAGUGGUUUUUAAAAUGAGCAUGGCAUUAGCUGAGUUCCUGUUCCGUGUGCUAACAGUAAGGGGGAGCGCUACAGGCUGCAGUGUGCAUCUGACUGUCUAUGCAGGCUCUGCCCUCACUGCAGUUUAGUAAGAACAGCUAAAUUAGCCUUUUUAGGGCCUGGAAUGCACUGUUUUGCAUACUUUCCUCCCUCUGAGUUAACAUUUUAUCUGUAUUUUGUGCUAGGUAAAGACUUUCUUUGUGUAAAAUCUGAGCAUUCUGGGGGUUUUUGGCAUUUUAAAUUUUUAAAGAUUUUUUUAAAAAGAAUAUGGGGUCCAUGUAAAUCAAUUAUGGUUCAUUAGGCAAGCAUGACCAGAUGUUUGAGUGAUAUCCGUAACGCUGCGGAUGCAGGACACAGGGAGGUCGGGUGGAAAUGCUGCUGAGGGCAGCGGAUCGGCGGGUCCUGUUUUUAAGGCAUUUCAACUGGAAGUUUUAAGGUCACACUGAGAUCUGAUUAUUGCAGAACAAUGUAGAUGUAAAGCACUGGCUUCGUAGCCCUUUUUUUAUUUUUUAUGUUAUUUUUAAGCGCUUUUGUGUUCAGCUGUUUGUUUCUGAGGUUAGACAGAGUACCAGCCCCGUGCCAGUGGGGAUGUGAGUUCAUCUCACCACCAGUUGUUACAGUGGAGACUUCCUGUGUGCCGAAUUUGAAAAUGGUGCUUGGAAUCAAAAUGGCAGCUGUCGUGUGUUUGUGUACAUCAUGAGCAGAGUGAUGUAAUGUAUAAAUAAACACUUUCUGAAAAACUAGGAACAGUAAUAAACUUUUGGAAAUAUA